AUGACAUCAGAGGAGAGAAGCAAUGGUUUACCUCCAACACAAUCACCUGAGGCGACUAUGACAUACAGUUCAACUUUUGGAACUACUUCACCUGAAGUUACCACUAAAGCAAAAACAGAGAAACCUGGCACUGAUAUUACAUUGGUACCAGUGAGUACAAUAACAGCAGAGGAGAGAAGCACUGGUACUCCUCCAACACAACCCCCUGGUGUGACUGUGACAUACAGUUCAACUUCUGAAAUUUCUUCGCCUGAAGUUACUACUAAAGCAAAAACAGAGGAACCAGGCACUGGAACUACAUUGGAACCACCCAGUACAAUGAUAGUAGAGGAGAAAAGCACUGGUGCACCUCCAACACAAUCCGUUGGUGCGUCUGUGACACCUGAAGUUACCACUAAGGCAAAAACAGUAGAACCAAGUACUGAUACUACAUUGGAACCAGCUAGUACAAUGACAGCAGAGAGAAGCACUGGUUCACCUCCAACACAAUCCCCUGGUGUGACUGUGACACCUGAAGUUACCACUAAGGCAAAAACAGAGGAACCAGACACUGAUACUACAUUGGAACCAGUCAGUACAAUAACAGCAGAGAAGAGAAGUACGGGUACAACUCCAACACAACCCCCUGGCAUGACUAUGACACACAGUUCAACUUCUGAAAUUACUUCAGCUGAAGUUACCACUAAGGCAAAAACAGUAGAACCAAGCACUGAUACUACAUUGGAACCAGCUAGUACAAUGACAGCAGAGGAGAGAAGCACUGGUUCACCUCCAACACAAUCCCCUGGUGUGACUGUGACACCUGAAGUUACCACUAAGGCAAAAACAGAGGGACCCAGGCAUUGA